AAUGGUACUUUUUAAGCAAGUUUCAGGUGUGAAGUGAGUCAUUCCAUAUCAAACACCUGCAGUAUAAAUGAGUUAACCUCACUACACACUGGACGAGACCCCUGUUCUUCUGCAUACAUUCAGCUGGCAUCAUUAGAUGUGGAAAAAAGAUGAUGCUCUCGAUCUCCCGAACCUGCCUCAGAGGAAUCUACAGCUGUCACUGGACCAGUCCAAAAGGAGACCGAAACAGGGCUUGCUGCUGGCUCUCCUUUCUGUCUUUUGUGUCCAUACUUGCCCUGAGUUGGAUGUACGUUUGUUUUAUUGCCUUCAACGACCACAAUGAUGUGAACUGUCAAGCCUUCAAAGCAUUAAAAAAAUGGGUGAACUGGUACAUGAUAGUGAUGAUCAUUUCUGCCGUGCUGGCCACAUACUGCCUCCUUCUACUGGUAUUUGGGUUGCUACACUUAGCAAUCAGAGAGCCCUUGGAUUUACACUGGCUGCAUAAGGUUUUCUGUUUUUUGGGUCUGCUCACUGUUACUUUAGGCACCGCUGGAUUUUGUAUAAAAUGGAAAGAGGAAUGGCAAACCAUCUAUAUGUCAUUUCAGGCCACUGCUCCUUUCCUGCAGCUGGGUGCUGUGGUGGCUUUGACCUUGAUCAGCUGGCUGGUGUUCCAGAGUUAUCACACAGCUCAAACAGCUGCUUGUAAGGUUUUUAUAAUGGUGACCUUCCUGGUAGUGUCCGCUGCGGUGUUCCUGUGUCCUCUUGCAAUCUGCUCUCCAUGCAUUACCAGUAAUCUUCCCCCAAAACCUGCCCUCGUCGGACAUCGCGGUGCUCCGAUGCUGGCCCCAGAGAACACUAUGAUGUCAUUCAGGAAGAGUAUGGAGUGUGGUGUUGUGGCGUUUGAAACAGAUGUGCAACUCAGUAAGGACAUGAAGCCUUUUCUUAUGCAUGAUGAUGGUCCAAGUUUUCUGCUACGAACAACUGAUGUGAAGGAGACAUUUCUAGGUCGAGAUGCCGACAUGCACGCUAACUUCACUUUGCAAGAGUUACAGACUUUAAAUGCAGGCGAAUGGUUAUAA